CCUGACAAAGCCAGAGUGGACGAAAAGUUGUACAAUUAAAUCACUUUUUGAAUCAAAGAAGACGGUGUGUUGCAGAACCUUAAGUGCAUAAUUGUGUUCCAUGAGCUGCCUUUCCCCAUAGGCCUGUUGCAGGUAGUGAAGCAGUAUGUCCGCAUCCCAGUUUAUGCCAUGAUCCGUCCCCGUGGCGGGGACUUCCUGUAUUCCGACCGUGAGGUGGAGGUGAUGAGGAAGGACAUUGAGAUGAUGAAGAGCCAUGGUGCAGAUGGACUGGUGUUGGGAGCCCUGACUGAGGAUGGAAAAGUAGAUGCUGAGCUUUGCAUGGAGCUGUUAGCUGCCAGCCGGCCUCUUCCUGUCACAUUUCACAGAGCCUUUGAUAUGGUCCACAAUCCUGUCGUUGCCUUGGAAACUCUUAUUUCUCUAGGCUUUGAACGAGUGCUGACCAGCGGCCUUGACAGCUCUGUAUUGGAGGGUCUUCCUCUCAUCAAGAGGCUAGUGGAACAGGCUAAGGGAAGAAUAGUCAUCAUGCCAGGAGGUGGCAUCACUGAGCGUAAUCUGCAAAGAAUUCUAGAAGGCUCUGGGGCUCAGGAAUUCCACUGCUCUGCUCGUUCUAGUAAGGAAUCAACCAUGAAGUUCAGGUGAGGCAUAAGAACAGUGGAACAGAUGUUUUCUACAUCGUUACACCGCAUUCCUGUACUCCU